UCCUAAUCAUUCUUACCGCAACUCGUAGACAUAUAAUUAAUUGGUAUGGUUCUUUUUGAUGCCAUCAUUUAGUAUUUCUAGUGUUAUAGUGAAGUGUCUAUACAAAUGUCCGAUUGCGAAAUAAUUCUAAGCCCCACUUUCAAAAAUAAACAUCGAAAAAGGACGGAAAAAAGGUCUGAAUUCUAUUUUAUAUAAAUCGGUUUACCUAUUCCAUAAGUUAGGUAAAUUUUAUACGGGAUGUGGUUUCUAUGGGCGUACUUCCAAGUGAGGAUCCUAGCACACCUGGUAGAAGUGAUACAAAUACUGGUCUUACUAACAACGCAGGCGUUUGUGACUGUCAAUCACCACUAUCCCACGCAUGCAAACGUAAAUGAUGGAGAUGGUUUUGACUUCAUCAUAGUCGGCGGCGGCACGGCGGGCUGCGUCAUCGCUAACAGACUUACCGAAGUAGAACAAUGGAAGGUCUUGCUCAUCGAGGCGGGAGGCGAUCCUCCUUACGUCUCCGAAAUUCCUGCUGUAUCCGUUAUGUUGGGUGCAACGUUCCCAGAAUGGAAUUACAACACGGUGGACGAUGGCGUCACAGCGCGCGCUCACGAUUCCGGCACUAUCCACCAGACGAUGGGCAAGAUGUUGGGCGGUUCCAGCUCUAUCAACUACAUGUUCUACGUUAGAGGAAACAGAGCGGAUUACCAAGAGUGGGCCGCCUUAGGGAACAAUGGCUGGGACUGGGACUCGGUCCUCCCGUACUUCAUAAAGAGCGAACGCUUAAACAAUGAACACAUCUUGAGGAGUUAUUCUGCCUCACUCCACGGAACACACGGCUACCUCGGAGUCACCAGGCGGGAUUUCGAAGAAUCCCAACGUGAAUAUUUCGAAGCAUUCAAAGAAACAGGCCACGACAUAUUAGAAGAUACCAAUGGUUUCCAGCAACUGGGCUAUUCCGCUGCCAGUUAUACAAUAAACAAGCUGCGUCAGAAUACCGCGUUUGCCUACAUUACACCAAUCAAACAUAGACCAAAUUUAUUUAUAAUUAAGAACACUUUAGCAAGAAAAAUUAUAUUUGAUGGUAAUAAAGCUACUGGAGUAGAAAUUCAAAAUUCGAACGGUGUCAUCAAAACCGUGACAGCGAGAAACGAAAUUAUAAUUUCUGCAGGAGCAGUGAAUAGUCCUCAACUAUUGAUGUUAUCGGGUAUUGGACCAAAAGAUCAUUUAGCAGAAAUUGGUAUUGAAAACUUGGUAGAUUCACCCAAUGUUGGUGCUAACCUACAAGAUCACAUGCUUGUACCAGUAAUGUUGACAGGGAAAAACACAUCAACACUGCCAAUCGUAGGUGACCUAAAAACACUAAGUAAUUUAGAAAACUUUCCCGGGUCGACAAUUCUGGGUCACGUCGCUUUGGAAAAGUACCAAACAUUUCCAGAUUACCAAGUCACCGCAUUGCCGCUUGAAAGGGGCACGAUUCUUCCUACACUGAUGUGCUCUAAAGUGUUCAGAUGGAACGACAAAACAUGCAUUGCAUUAGCGAAUUCAACAAAUCGUGAGACUUUGUUCGCUCUAAUAUCAUUUUUACACCCCAAAUCUAGAGGUGAGAUCCGUUUGAAGAGCAAUAAUCCGAAAGACAAGCCAUUAAUAUUCGCAAACCACUUUUCCAAUAAAGACGAUCUAAAAAAAUAUGCUAGAUGCCUCUCAGAUUAUACGAGUGUGAGAAAUGCGAAAUUUUUCAGAGAAGUUAAGUCAGAAUUAGUAGACUUAGAAGUUAAACAGUGUAAGCAUUUACCCUUUGCGAGUACAAAAUACUGGCAGUGUUAUGUACUGAACAUGGUAGCGUCACAAUAUCACUUGUCAGGGACUUGCGCGAUGGGCGUAGACGGAGUUGUCGACAGCAGAUUAAGAGUAAGAGGGGUUGAAGGCUUGAGGGUAGUUGAUGCGAGCGUCAUGCCAACAAUCGUCAGCGGAAACACCUGCGCCGCUGUUGUAAUGAUAGCGGAAAAGGCAUCCGACAUGUUGAAAAUUGACAAUGGUGCGAGAUUUACAUUUACAACGAAUAUGGAGUACACCAAAUAGAAGCGAAGCUCGAAAAUAGUUUGGAUGGUUGUACAGAUUUUAAUUUUAAUAAUGUUUUAGAAUUCGAACUAUCGCGAGUGUUAUUCAUAUUAAUUUAUUUGUACUUAAAUAAAUUAAAUUGAAAUAAAUUAAAUUGAAUAAAAAAUAAGACAUCUACAAAUAUCUUAUGGUAAAGCAGCAAAUAUUUUUGAAUUAUUAUUUAAAGAGAAAAAUUAAAUUAUUUCAUAUUA